AAUUUGUGGUAAAAGACAGCCAGGGGGCAAUAGCAUUUUUGCGGCCAAUCAUCAACCUUUGCGCUUGCCUAAACAACGGUCUUUGUUAUCAGUCUACCGACAACAGAAAUUCAACACAAAACAAUGAGAUGAACGUACUUCAAUGUGAAUGUUUAAAUGGGUAUACAGGAACAUCCUGUGAAAGUGAUCUUGACGCGUGUGAAGCAAAUCUUAAUCCGUGCUACCCUGGCGUAUCAUGUGUUGAUCUUCCUCCUCCAGCAAACAUAUCCGGCUAUAAAUGUGGACCUUGUCCGAGCGGUUUCACAGGAGAUGGAUCCAAAUGUGAAGAUUUUGAUGAGUGUUUAAACAGUGGUCCGAGUGAAUGCAAACAAAUCUGUAUCAAUACACCAGGCUCGUUCGUAUGUGAUUGUUACAAAGGGUAUCUACUCAAUAUCGACCAACGCACUUGUGACGAUAUAAACGAGUGCGUCCCUGCUAGUGACUGUAUGCACAAGUGUAAAAACUUUGAUGGUGGAUACAACUGCAGUUGUGAUGAUUUCUUCAAGGUGGAUCCUGUAAAUUCCAAGAACUGCAUACCGGAGUCUCCAUGUCAGGACGGGAAUCAUGACUGUCAGCACAUCUGCUUUCUCAGCUUAAACAAUAUUCAGAACUGCGCUUGUAGACGGGGAUAUCUUCUCGCCGAUGAUGGAAAAACGUGUAAAGAUAAUGAUGAAUGCGCAACGGAUGAAAACAGGUGUAACCAAAAAUGCAACAACACAGAGGGAAGCUACUUGUGUUCAUGUGUAAACGACUUUAGACUGGACACUGACAACGUCACAUGCAAAGACAUCGAUGAGUGCUUGGAAUGGACAUUUCAGUGUUCGGACGCCUCGCAGCGCUGCGUGAACACCCAAGGUUCUUACAAAUGUAAAUGCGAAGAUGGACUUUACUGGAUUAACGAGACUUGCAAAGGUCUCGGUAAAGGUGAAGAACCACCGCCUCCACCACCAGCACCGACUCCAAGAAAGCCAUCUCUUGAGGAAACACUUCAAUCAGUUAUCAUCACUUUGGAGGGGCUUAGUGCUAGUCAGUGGAACUUACCUAAAGAGGAAGAUUUCAAGGGAGCUGUUGCAGAUUCCGUUACUACUUUCUGUGCAAAUGUUGGGGAUUGCAUAACUGAAAGGAACCGACAAAGGAGAGCGUUGGACUACAUCAUUUUUACGUCUGAUCAAGUCCACCUUCUUCCAGGAUUUCCAGAACAAGAUGUUCAUCCUCUACGGAUUCGCCUCGCGAUUUAUGUCCAGUUUCCUCCAGGAGUGGCUCAAGACUCCAGUACCACCCUGACCAAGAACACAUUGCUUACUGUCAUCAGUGAAUCUCGUGAAAAGCUGGAGAAGGCACUGAACGUGACCAUAAUAAACAUAACAGCUGCUUUCUUUGACGCUUCCACGGAGGGCAGUUCCACAGUGACUCCACCCGUCUAUCGUGAGAAAACGAUGAAGGACUAUUUCAUUAUUGGAGGCGCAGUAGUUGGAUUCCUUUUUGUUGUCGUACUCUCUGUUUUAAUCUUGCGCAAGUGUUGCUUUCCAAGAUAAGUUUUUCCGAAAGAAGGAAAGGCUGCUCAUAAGGAUGGUGAGGCGGUAGAGUUGGAUGAAUGCUACAUGUACAAACACCAGGUUGAAGGAGAUCUAGGUUAUACCAACGAGCAAGUCCUUAACAAUGAUGAAGAUGCUAACAACGAGUAGCAUCUUCUAAAGAAGUUUGGAUUGUUUUUUUUUCUUUAAGUUGUUUGUAUUGUAGUUAGAGUCGUGCGGCUAAGUUAGAAUUCAUGUCCUAGAAGUUGUUGCUUUAAAUCUUAGAGUGUUUGAGACGAACAAGACAACAUGACGUGUCAAUGGCGAGCUAUCACUUUAUUUCAGUUUAUUUCGAGCUAUCAGCAAUCCUCAAAUCGCUACCUGAUCAGCAAGCUUUAAUUCAUCUUUCUCGUGACCGUAAUCCGAAAACGUACAGAUUCCUGAUAUAAUAACGUACACAUUUAUGGUAACUAAGUACAACGUGUUUUAGGUAACCUUUUGUUAGGGCCGGAUCGUACUUGCGGACAAGUCUGGUACAUUUGGUGGGUUUUCUCAGCUGAUCACUGCAUCAGUUGGUGCAAACACAAGUGCGCCUUACAAUUUUUUAAAGAUAAAUAACUAGAAGCAGAUUUCCUAUGAUCGGUCCUCAUCACACUCUGUGAUGCAUUGUGUUAUCUUCAGUAAAAAAAUUGUGACAAAUUUCGCCGAACAAAACUUCAAAAAGAGCCGUCCUCGCGCGAUUGCUCAUUUUGUUUUAUAUGGGAAUUAGCGCAACUCCAGCACUAAGGAAGGAUGUUUUAAAGCUAAAGCUAACAAGAUUUGGAUUACUUUUCUCCUGAAAGUGCAGUGAGAAGACAUAAAUUGUUUUACAAUGGUUGAUUGUUCUCGUGAAUCUGCUGUGGUAAUGCACGAAGGCUGUGGGAACCUUAUGAAUAACUUUUUAGAUUUUUGUGAUUGUGAUCGACAGCUGUUCAUACCAAAACCCAGAAUUUCUUGCUUUGCACAAAACGGCUAAGAAAUGCACGUUUACGCCAGUAGCACACGCAAAGUUAUUGUACUAGUAAAUAUCAGCUUUUGUCGCUUUUUGUUUCUCCUCAAGCCGAUGAUGUCUCGGCUGACAACUCUAUUCAAUGAUUUCCUUGAAAAAGGAAGGAAAUAUGAGAAAACCUGUUCACAAGUGCGAUCCUUGACCGUUUGGUGUCGCAAAUUUUCAACAGUACUAAACUUGUUGCUAAGUAACUGGAAUAUGAUUCCCUUUGAUAUCUAUAAAUAACUAGAAACCUUCGUGAAACUCAAGAGAGGCGGCCCAAAAUUUGCAAAUGAAGUUUUUUCACAGCUAUGAAAAUCUCUCUGCGGGUUUGCAUUAAAGUAAGUUCAGCUGGUCGGUGAUUGCGGUCGAUAGAUAGGAUGAUUGUGAUGAUUUUAAACUGUACCCGCUGAGUUAGUCAAGAUACCUGCGUUAGAGAGGACGCAGAGUUUUGAAGAAAUUGUACUGCAAACCAGCGUCAUUGACACGGAAGUACUUGUUCAAGAAGGCAGCGGGUGAGACAGAGAUUUACCUAUGUUCGUCCUUGCCUUACGAUUGAACUUCUAAAUAGUUCACAUAUAUUAAUUUGUGUUUGCGAUUUGCUUUACAUAUUAGCGAACCGAGGUUUACGUUUAUUCUUGCUUGUUAACGCGUGCAGGUAGUUGGCUUAAGUUGCCUUCUUCAGUUUCAAAUAUAUUUCAUCUUUCAUGGGUUGAUUGAACGGUCUUAGAAUUUUGAUAGUUUUUGUUUUUUUUUCUGUGUUGCUAUGGUUCAAAAACUUGACAGCUAACUUUCAGUUUUGAUACGGUCUCGUCAGAGACCCUAUAUAGGACAAAUGUAGAUUUAAAUAAAUAAUGAGUUAAGGUAGCUCUCGACAGGAGUGACUGUAGGAUAACACUUCGAUC